UUAGCAGUUGUUAGGCUAAUGCUGCCUGGCAGACAGGUAUCGGUGGUUUGUCCGCUAACCCUAUGACCGUUCAGCCAAAUAAAGAGAAAAUAAUUAAUUUUUGUUUCAUAGUAAUGCUGUAACAACGUUUGUGUCGCUUUCUGUCAAACCCAUUUCGUGUCAUUAGGUCUCCCAGCAGGUUAGUGUUCGGUUAGCUAGCAAGGGAGCUAACGACAACGUCAGAAGAAAUUCAGCAACAAACGCAGCGGUCAGUGGAGAAAAAAGGUGCAGCAGCUGUCAGCUGUACGUGUCUGCGGAUUAAAAACCACCAGAAAUACCAGAAUGAAUGUCGCUAAAAGUGGUUAUCGCGUCUUUUCUGCAAAUUCCUCCGUAGCUUGCACAGAAUUGGCCAAGAAGAUAACAGAGCGGCUGGGAGUUGAACUGGGGAAGUCUGUGGUCUUUCAAGAAUCUAACAGAGAGACAAGAGUAGAUGUAAAAGAAUCUGUUCGCGGUCAAACUAUCUUCAUCAUCCAGACUAUACCAAGAGAUGUCAACACAGCCAUCAUGGAGCUGCUGGUUAUGGCCUACGCCCUCAAGACCUCUUGUGCAAAGAACAUCAUUGGAGUUAUUCCUUAUUUCCCCUACAGCAAGCAGUGCAAGAUGAGAAAGAGGGGUUCAAUAGUAUGCAAGUUGUUAGCUUCAAUGUUGGCUAAAGCAGGGCUAACACACAUCAUCACCAUGGACUUACAUCAGAAAGAGAUUCAGGGCUUCUUUAGUUUUCCGGUGGACAACUUGCGUGCCUCUCCUUUCUUGAUUCAGUACAUCCAAGAAGAGAUUCCUGAUUACAGAAAUGCAAUCAUUGUGUCAAAGUCCCCGUCAGCAGCCAAGAGAGCUCAGUCCUAUGCAGAACGUCUGCGUUUGGGUCUGGCUGUGAUUCAUGGGGAGGCUCAGUGUUCAGAGUCUGACAUGGCCGAUGGAAGGCACUCCCCACCGUGUGUACGCAACACCACAGGACACACAGGACUGGAGUUACCCUCAGGCAAACAACAAGCUCCGUUCCCCGGCAUAGAGCUUCCAAUAAUGAUGGCCAAGGAGAAACCUCCUAUUACUGUAGUGGGAGACGUGGGAGGGAGAAUUGCCAUCAUUGUGGAUGACAUUAUAGAUGAUGUUGGAGACUUUGUUGCAGCUGCUGAGAUCCUGAAAGAGAGAGGAGCUUAUAAAAUUUACAUCAUGGCCACACACGGCUUGCUGUCUGCUGAUGCCCCGCGCCUCAUAGAGGAGUCUGCCAUUGAUGAGGUGGUGGUGACCAACACUGUCCCCCAUGAAGUGCAGAAGCUACAGUGUCCAAAAAUCAAGACUGUGGAUGUCAGCAUGAUACUGGCUGAAGCCAUCCGCCGCAUCCACAAUGGCGAGUCCAUGGCCUACUUGUUCCGCAACAUCACCGUGGACGACUAGAGAAGUGAAGUAUAAAUGAGUGAGGGCUUAAAGUGACUGAGGGCAGGUGCGCUUCUGCUCCUUCCUGCCCAUUGUUGUGUAAAAACAUGUGUCAUUUUCCAUGUGUUGUGCAUGUCAGGAUUACAUGUAUCUUAAUUCAUUUGAAGAAACUGAAAUUCUAAGAGUCACCCAAAGUUAUUUAACAUCUUACCAAAAGCUAUAAAACUAUUUAUUUUAAAGUUAGAAAAGCAUCUUGUUCUUGUUGAAAAAGAAUUAUAACAUGGCAAACAAGUGACUGAGCUUUGAUGCAUUCAUUAAUAUUUUGAAGCCUCAGUUCUUCCUUUGUCUUGCUGCUCUCAUUGAGUUUCCAACUAGAGCAAAAGAUGCUUUUUAUUUAAAAAAGCUAUUUUGUCAUACACUGUGGUACCUCAUAUAUAAUGACUGAGCUUCAGUUGCAAAGAAGAGGAAAAUGUCUCCAGUAACAAUUUUGGGCUUUACUUGUUAGUUUCCUGACACUCUUGCUGGCCCUUGUGAUCAGGGCUGCUUAGCACUGUGACUUUCAUGCAUUUAAUGGGGUGUGUUGUUUCCAACCACAUAAACAAGGCAGGCAAACUCCUGCUU